AUGGAGGGAGUUGGUGAUGUUAUGAAUGGCCGUGCUAAUGAAGUUGCCAAAACACCGCAACCAUCGCCCAAAGAAAUUGGGCGUGAAUUUGUUCGUCAGUACUACACGAUGCUAUCAGAGAGGCCACAAGACGUUUUCCGCUUUUACAGCCAUGAAUCAUAUUUUGUUCACGAUACGGAUCAGCCUGUUCAGGGACAGCAGAAAAUACAAAAAGCAAUCGAACGCUUGGCUUUUAUUGACUGCAAAGCACGAAUUUAUACUGUCAGUGGCACUGCCACAAUGAACAAUGGCUUAGUUAUACAAGUUUGUGGCGAGCUUUCAAUUGGCGAUAAUCCCGGAAGGCGUUUCUUGCAAACGUUUAUUCUCUGCCCGCAAACCCCAAAGAAAUACUAUGUCCACAAUGAUGUUUUCCAGUGGCUUGAUCGGGCCUUCGGUGAUGCUGUUAUUCAGUCGCAGAAGAGCGAUAUCCAAACUCAAAUUGCUACCGAGGAGAAUGUUGCAGCAAAUGGUGAUGCUAGUGGAAUUAAUGGUCAUACUCAGGCCCUUUCCACAAGCCACAAUCAAGAUGAGACUACUGAUCAAUUAUCUGAUAACUUGAAGAAAGAGCAGAUUCUUGAACCCAUUCAAGCAAUGAAUGCAAAUACUGUUGUUCAUGAUGCAAAGCAUCAGUUGAAUGAUAUAGUUAGUAGCAAAUCAGAUGACAGUUCCACUGAAGAGGCACACACGGAUUCGAAUUCGCUUACAGUUGAUUCAACACCGAAAACAUGGGCUAAAUUGGUCGGUGGUAAUCAAGCGGCUGCAGUAACUAUGGAUAUCCAGUUGCAGAAUAUGACUCAGGUGGCAGCGCAGCCAGCAGUGCGAUUGCCUAUAAUACAGAAUCAAACUCUGAUCUCUGCUUCAAAUAACACAAGCCUUCCUGCAAAUUUCGAAGAGAAUUGUCGACUAUAUGUGGGCGGCAUAACUCGCAAUAUUGUUCCAGAAAGCGCAGCUGCAAUCGAAAGAGAUAUACGUUUCGAGUUUGAAAAAUUUGGACAUGUUGCUGCAGUAAAUGUUCCCCGUCGUGUGCUGGAUUCUGCGGAUCCACAACGAACAGUUUUUGCUUUUGUGGUUAUGAGAACAGCGGAGGGUGCAAGAAAUGCAUUUAAUGCUGCAAGAAAGGAACGGUCGCUUUCACUUAUACAUCUGAAAAUUGACUCACUUGGGUUCGAUGGAGAAGCUACUCUUUCGGAGCAGAAGGGUGGACAGAUGAACGCACGUAGUCCGUUUAUACACAGAGGUCCAUCGCAAGCCUUAGCACGAGGCGGAGUUAAUGUGCGUAAUGGCUCUGGUGGUGGACGUGGUGGCGGAGGAGGAGGAUCUCGCGGAUUGCGACAUGGUAGUGAGUACCGGCUGUCAAGCGAACACGGUCGACAUUAG